AUGUGGGGAUACCUGUCCCUGCUGCCUGCCUUCCUGGCAUUCUGGGCUACUGCUGGCAUCUGGACCGUUUUUUCGCUUGCUGUGGCCAACAAGGCUGUGAACCUCACGGAAGGCUUCCCCUAUAUCAGUCGAUGUGGAAAUAGCCCCCCUCAGAGCUGCAUCUUCAGCCAGGUGCUCAACUUGGGAGCUGCUUUGGCCGCCUGGACCUGCAUUCUCCGUUACCACCAGCUUCGGGACUGGGGGGUCGGAAAGUGGCCUAACCAGCUGAUCCUGUGGACGGGGCUCCUCUGCGCCUUGGGCACCUCCAUAGUGGGCAAUUUUCAGGAAAAGAACCAGCGGGCCACGCACCUGACGGGGGCUUUCUUCGCCUUCUUUGUGGGAAUAUUCUACUUCUGGCUGCAGCUCCUUCUCUUCUGGAGGGUGAAGAGCCUGCCCCAGCCUGGGGCUCCCUGGAUCGGGCCGCUCCGUCUGGUCCUCUGCAGCAUUUGCACCAUCCUAACGGUGGCCAUGGUCGUCCUCCACACCUGGUCACUGCGCUCAGCCUCUGCCGCCUGUGAAUGGGUCACCGCCAUGCUGCUGUUCAUCCUCUUUGGCCUCUUUGCGGUGGACUUCUCUGGCCUGGACGGCUGCACCCUGUGUCUCCAGCCGGGCCCUGGCAGCCUGAGCCCCCCGCCGGCCUCCCCCAUCUCCCUGAAGGUCCAGCUCUGAACACCUGGUCAGCGUAGCAUCUUCACACCUCCUGUCCCUGCCAUCUGGU